AGUAAAUUUUGUACGCAGUUCGAUUUGGAGGUGAGUCGUAUGUGUUAGCAGUAAACAAACGUGGCCUUGCUAGCGAAGGACCGAUGAAACAUUUGUCUUUCACAUUUAUGUUUUAAGAUUUCCAAUCAAACAAGCCCGAUGGAUGAUGGAUGCUGCGAGAGUGAAGGUGCCCGAGGAACGAGAGGAUCUCCAAAAGGGCCCGAGCGGCUAUUUACCAUGUACCCACAAUUUAUUUUGGAUCCGCCUAUCAGUAGCGGCGGCGGUUACUAUGCCCAAUUUAAGAAUUGCACGGUGGAUUUUUCAUGACAUCGUUGAUAGAUGAUCUUUAUUCAUAACAACUUUUCCAAAUUUUCUUACACCGGCUUAUAUGAAUCAAAUGAGCAAAAAGACCAUCAUCUCAAAAAUCAUCGGUAAGAAGCACCAUUUAUUCUCUUACCCAUUUUUUCAUUUACCCUCCAGACUUCUAGUUUUUCAAAUACACUAUGAUGUAGCCACGUGCAAUCUUUUUCUCCAAUCAUAUGCCAACCACAAGAAUCUCACCAAAGGGAAACAGCUACAUUCCUUAAUGGUCACUUCUGGAUUUAUUCAUUUGCCUUCAUCCAUUACUAGCUUGAUUAACAUGUACUCUAAAUGCAAUCAAAUGGAAGAGGCUGUUCUAGUUUUCCAUGAUCCAUAUCGUGAGCGUAAUGUGUUUGCAUACAAUGCAAUAAUUGCUGGAUUUGUUGCGAAUGGGCUUGCAGCAGAUGGAUUUCAGUUUUAUAAAAGAAUGAGGUCAGUGGGUGUAAUGCCUGAUAAGUUCACUUUUCCAUGUGUAGUUAGAGCUUGUUGUGAGUUCAUGGAGAUUAGGAAGAUUCAUGGUUGUUUAUUUAAAAUGGGAUUGGAGUUGAAUGUGUUUGUUGGUAGUGCUCUUGUCAAUACUUACUUGAAGGUUGACGGAAUGGAGGACGCUGAGAAAGUUUUUGAAGAGUUACCCGAGAGAGAUGUUGUGCUUUGGAAUGCAAUGAUCAAUGGUUACAUCAAAAUUGGUCACCUCAACAAAGCAGUAGCGGUUUUUAAGAAAAUGGGUGAAGAAGGGAUUUCACUUAGUAGAUUUACAACGACUAGCAUUUUGUCUGUUUUUACUUCGAUGGGAGAUAUUAACAAUGGGAGAGCUAUUCAUGGUAUUGUAACAAAAAUGGGUUAUAGUUCAUGUGUUGCGGUUUCAAAUGCACUAAUUGAUAUGUACGGAAAGUGCAAGCAUAAUAAAGAUGCUUUACUGAUUUUUGAGAUGAUAAAUGAGAAGGAUUUAUUUUCAUGGAAUUCCAUAAUAUCUGCUCAUGAGCAAUGUGGUGAUCAUGAUGGUACCUUAAGACUUUUUGGCAAGAUGUUAGCUUCUAGGGUUCUACCUGAUGUGAUUACUAUCACUGUUGUACUUCCAGCUUGUUCUCACUUGGCUGCCCUCAUGCAUGGUAGAGAAAUUCAUGGAUACAUGAUUGUUAAUGGAUUGGGAAAAAAUGAAAACAGUGAUGAUGUAUUAUUAAACAAUGCUGUUAUGGACAUGUAUGCGAAGUGCGGAUGCAUGAAAAAUGCUGGCAUAAUAUUUGAUCUAAUGAGGAAUAAGGAUGUGGCGUCUUGGAACAUCAUGAUUAUGGGUUAUGCAAUGCAUGGAUAUGGUACAGAGGCCUUGGAUAUGUUUCAUCGAAUGUGUGAGGCCCAAAUUAAACCAAAUGUUGUCACAUUUGUUGGAGUUUUAUCUGCUUGUAGCCAUGCAGGCUUUGUACAUCAAGGGCGCUCAUUCUUAACUCGAAUGGAACUGGAAUUUGGCGUGAUUCCAACUAUUGAGCAUUAUACAUGUAUAAUCGACAUGCUCGGUCGAGCUGGACAAUUAGGCGAAGCUUAUGACCUGGCUCAAAGAAUACCUCUUCAAGACAACCUCAUUUUGUGGAUGGCAUUAUUGGGAGCAUGCCGACUUCAUGGUAAUGCAGAGUUGGGAAAUGUUGUUGGAGAAAAGAUAAGGCAACUUGAACCUAAGAAUUGUGGUAGUGGUAGUUAUAUAUUGAUGUCUAGUUUGUACGGAGUCGUAGGUCGAUAUGAAGAGGCAUUGGAAGUUAGAAGAACAAUGAAGGAACAAAAUGUUAAGAAGACACCAGGUUGUAGCUGGAUUGAACUGAAGAAUGGGCUGUAUGUUUUUAGCAUGGGAGACAGGACACAUCAUGAACUAAAUGCAUUGAUUAAUUGCCUUUGUGGCUUUCAGUACUUUCACGAUGAAGUUAUGCAUUCGUUUUAAGACAUGGUAGUAUUUGCAAUUGCAUUGACCUUUUCCUUUUUACCAUUUAGGAACAAAGAGUGAAAAAACACAUUGAUGAAUUUACGGUUAAUUGAGGAGGUUAUUGAAGAAUGAAUUCUUUGAACACGCUUACAGAAGACUCCUGCAGCAUGGAAGAAUGAUUGCCUGUGGCCUUUGAAUCCGUUAGCCACUUUUAAGGUUUGGUCUCUCUGUUACAAGUUUGUGAAUCUCAAUUUGCCGGUUGUUACAUUCCCUCUACAAAAGCAUUUGGAAGGAUAGAUUCCUAAAGAAGAUAAAAGAUUUCUCUAUGUGGCCAGAAACUGUACUUGAAAAGUCACUCCAAAGAGGCUCUUAGCCCAUGGGCAUGAGUCGAUUCAAGACGAUGGCCAAAUGGUGUAUCUAUGCGCCAUCCUAAAGGCUUUCAAAUGGUCAAUGACUCUCCCAAGUGAUAUGAAGACCUUAGACCUAUUUGAAACUUUCGGUAGAUUGGUGUUUUGUGCGUGUUUUAUAACGUUUGACUGAUAUGGAUGGGAAGGGCAACCACAUCUUCAGAAACGCAUCCACAACUUUUUUCAUGAAUUCUAUUCUUAAAAUUAUUAUUUUGUUGGUUAUGUUCACCUUUACCACUUAAUAGUCUCAUGAUCUUGAACUUAGAGAGCUUUUAUGUGGUCUCUUUGAUGGGAUGAUUGGGAUCUGUGGUAUAUUUUGGAACAUUUCGUACCAUCAAUAGAAUACCUGUUUUCUAUUAAAAUUCAA